AUGUUCGGAUGGCCAGAACAGCAAUGCUUCAAUGCGCAGGGAUCCCCAUUAUCCUUCGAAUCAUUUGAGCUUCCUCCAACAAACCAGCGCAUCCUUGGGCCCCCGCACCCUCGAGAUACAGUCACGCCGCUUGCUUUGCGUCCAUCGAUUCCUGACCCAUUCCGACUAUCCCUGGAUACGGUCAUCGAGAGCGUUAAAUUCCUUCAAGCACAGGACGGAGUCUUGAGCAAGGCUCUAGCUCGCCACGGGACACUGCUCUUCCGCGGACUGCCUAUCCACGAUGCAAACGACUUUAGCCGCUUCGCUCAUGCUUUCGGCUAUCGACCGCAUGAGAUCAUCGGGAUUGUCGUAGAUCGACCCUUGCUGGCGCCGAACGUGGCUCCGGCCAGUGAAGCACCCAAGGAAGUGUUGAUCUACAACCACAACGAAUCCCCUCAAGUCCCCCAUACACCAGAGUACAUCUUUUUCUAUGCACACCGGGCACCUGACAGGGGCGGAGAGUCACCUAUCUCAUCUUCGCUCGAGUUGUUUCAUCGAGCUCAGCUGGAGAUGCCCGAGUUUAUUCAAGAACUGGCGGAGAAGGGCAUGCUCAGUCGAGUGAUAUACAAGAAAGAACCCGCUUAUGUCGGAGGAUCUUCCCUUCGACAAGCGUUUGGAAAGCAUGUGAAGGACGGAGACGACGAGGAGACACAGCGCAGGAAGAUGGAAGCUCAAAUCGCACGGUAUGGACGUGGCAAAUUCACCACCUGGGAAUGGACGGAGGAUGGACUGAUCGUGACGCAUCGUCUCCCUGCUAUUCGAACGCAGCCGCAUACCAAUUUCCCAUCGCUUUUCACCGGUCUAGCUACGUACUAUAAGAACCUGACUAUUAAGAAUAACGGGGGCAGACGGAAUCUCACCCAACAGAUGUAUGGGGAUGGAACCCCGAUUCCAGAACGGUACCUGGCACAUUUGACCAAGAUUACGGAUGAGAUUCGGGUAUUGCACGAAUGGCAACAGGGAGAUGUCCUGGUAUUUGACAACGUCAUUGCUCAGCAUGGCCGAGAGCCCUGGGAAGGCGAGCAGGGGGAUCGGGUGGUGUUGGCCAGUCUGUGGGAUGGCGAGUGUGUGCCAGGGGCUUAUGGGUAUGGCGAGUGGGCGCAGGUCGUGCAGGCUCUGGACGAUGAUUGA